AUGUCGAAUCGUGAAUACUAUGGAAGUAGUACGCCUGGGUAUACAUUCCAAGCGAAUGGGUCUGAAGAACCUCAAUAUCUAACAAACGCAGAUUCCUCUUCCAGUCAAGGAGAGCCUUUGGGAGCUGUUUCAAAUCACCAAAAUUUGCCAUUUAAUCAACAACGCCAAUGGGGAAACUUUGAUUCAGCUGAACAAGGACAUAACGGAGCUUCUGGUCAGGAAAGGGGUCUCGGUGCAACGGUAAUUGGAGGCGCGGGGGGCGCUUUUGUUGGGCACAAAGUUGGGAAAAAGUCAGACCACGGUACCCUUGGGACAAUUGGUGGCGCUCUGGCAGGAGCAGUCGUGGCAAAUGUGGCUAGCAAUGCUAUUAAGGGACACCAUGGAGGCCAUGGGUCUGCGCGUGAUCGUCGCCGUGAAAGAUUAGAAAGAAAGAUUGACCGACUCGGCUAG